GUCUCCCUCUUGAACUGAUAAUAAUUCCUCUCCGUCGUACAGAGAGUCCGACUCUCAAAUCGCAAGGGCCUUUCCUUUCCUUCCAUGUCUGCCUGUAUUAGAACUCCCCCUAAGGCAGUCGGUCCCGCAUCUGUUUCGACAAUGAAGGGUCGCGUCUCUGUGGAUUGCCCGGACCUUAAACGGGCAAUAGAAGAGGGACUUGUCGUGCUUGAUGACCGCAAGUACGUCAAGUGGGCAGAUGAUCUCGGAGAUGUAUCGAUGUUCCCUUCGAUGAAGGAUAAUGUCGAAGCAAGGAGAAUAAAGACGAGUAAAGGAAUGGAGCCGGUCAGGAGCCAGAGCAUCAAGAUAACCUUUGAGGGGGACAUGACGACCACACCCAUAAGGGUGGCAACCACCAAGUCGGCGAGAGGGUCUACAUCGAAGAAAACUGACAUGGAUUACGUGAUGACGGAGAAGGACGGGCAGCGGGUCGAUGGAGAGGAGGUUAUCCUUUCGCCGCGAAAGCGGGGAGUGAAGAAGUUCCUAAUGAAGAGCUCGCUGGACGAGAUUGACACGGUCGAGCCAUUGAGGCGGGCCCUUCGGCAACCCAUGCAGUGCUCUAUUCUGGAGUACCUGGCGGCAUCGAAGCCGACUCGUGAUGAGUUACAGAUGAUCACGAAGAAGACUAGCAUACCUCUAUCGGGGGAGGGCCACGCCCCUAAGGCGGAAGCUUCUACAGUGACAGUAACUGGGGUGACUGCCAGAGCAGAUCGCAUGGCGACAGACCUUCUCGAUGGAAUGGAAGGUGUGCCUCCAGACAAGUUUUAUAUACUUGGUAGCGGGGCCGUGGAGACGAUUAUAAACGAGGAUGCGGUACUCGAUGCUGUGAUUGAUAACGGCAGUGAGGCUGUCAUCAUAGACGAGAACCUGGCGGUACAAGUUGGACUGGGCCUCGAUAGGUCAUACCUGUUCGAGAUAGAGACGGCUGAUGGGAGAAAGCAACAGAUCACUAGGACAAUAGUUGCGGAACUUAACGACGGGGUAGUCGGAGGACACAGGGGAGUUAAAGGAACCUAUGAAAAGAUACGCCGGCUGUACUGGUGGGAAGGACAGUAUAAGGACGUCGAGAGGUACUCCAUGACAUGCGAAGAGUGCCAGAAGAGAGCUCUUGUGAAAUACAAAGAGCCAAUUCACCCAUCCUAUCCGACCAGACCAGGAGAGAAGAUACACAUUGAUCUAGUGAAAAUGCCGAGAGGGGUAAGCAAUAUGAACUACGUCGUGAACAUACGAGACGAUUUCACUGGGUUCGUGGAUGGUAGACCUAUCAGGAGUAAGGCAGCAAAGGAAGUAAAGAACUUUGUCCUAGAAUACUUAUCUAGGUAUGGUUGUGUCAGCAAGAUAGUGAUGGACAGAGGGGCGGAAUUCCUAGCCGACGAGGUCGAGAGCGUGUUUAGGAGAACGAGUGCGAGAGUUUCAAUAGCCACCGCCUAUCACCCACAGUCGAACUCCCCGGUAGAGAGGGGACACCAGACUCUGAUAGCGUCACUGUCCAAGUGGUGCAAAGGUAAGGACAAUGAUUGGCCACGAUAUUUUCGAUACGCAAUAUGGGCGGACAACGUUACGGUCCGGGCUAGUACCGGAUACCCACCGUACACCUUGUGGUUUGGGCGACAUUGUCCGCUUCCCAUAGAGUUUCACGUCGACAGUUGGACGACCGUCGACUGGGCAGAGGAGAUGUCCAGAGAGGAACUCAUAGCUGCCCGAACAAGACAGAUAGCCUACGGUUUGGAAGAGAACCUUAUGACAGCAGCGGAUCGACUGGCAGUAGAAAGAGACAAAGGUAAAGAGAGAUGGGAUAAGAACGUGCGGAUCAAGAAGGAGAGGGUGAGCGUAGGAGAUAUGGUCCUUCUCUACGACGCGGCACUGGAGAGGACCUGGACCGGAAAGCUUGCCAAUAAAUGGAUGGGACCUUACAGAGUGGUUGAGGCACUUGACUGGGGUGCAUAUAUGAUAGCAGAACUAGACGGAUCUAAGUGGAAGGACCCGGUGGCGGGGGCUAGGUUAAAGUUGUUUAGGAUCAGGCCCGCGCCCGCUUUAUCGCUAACCAGCCCGAAAGGGAAAGGGAAAGCCAUGAUGGAGGAUGGAGCCCCCUUGAGCCAAUUCGAGGUAGGGGAGAGUUCCAAGAAAAGGAAAAGAAUAGAGAAGAGAAAGGUCAAAGGGUUAGCUUAAGGAAGAAAGAAGAGAUGGAUAUUCGUGCUCAAGCGAGCUAGACGGAGAGUUCGCGUUAGACGUACUGGCGGGUCGACACCCUUCUCGGGGCAAAGACAGAAGAAAAAGAGGAUCGUGACGGGACCAAAAACCAAAAGAAGCAGGAGAAACAAGAAGCAUCUUCUUAGCCCUAGGACUCGUAACAAACUUAAACAUAAGAC